AUGAUGCAGCAGAUGAUGCAGCAAAACCAGAUGAUGGCUCAAAUAAUGCAAGGCAUGCAAGGACAACAGCCUCCUACUCAAACUCCUGUUCCUCAAGCUGCAGCUGGACCAGAUUUUCGUGCCUUCUUCAGGAUGGAUCCUCCAGAGUUCGUUGGUGGACUUGACUCACUCUUGGCUCAUGAUUGGUUAGCUGGUAUGGAGAGGGUGUUUCAAGCUAUUCAGUGUACUGAAGAAGAGAAGUAUUUCCCAAAUAGUGUGAGGACUCAGAAGGAGCGAGAAUUCCAGAACUUCAAGCAAGGUGACAAGUCUGUUUCAGAAUAUGCAGAGAAGUUUGAGGACUUGGCAGACUACUCCAGACAAGCUGUUUAUGCCCCAGAUGAACUAUGGAAGAUUGAUCAUUUGAAGAGGGUUCAAGAAGAAAGGAACCAGAACAGGACUAACUUCAGGGAGCAGGGGAGAUCUACUCAAAACUUGAGGCCCCGUAAUCCUCCACCAAAGAUGAAGCAAGUCCACGGUGACCGUUUCCCCCGACCACCCUUUUGUGAUAAGUGUAAGAGGAAGCACACUGGAAAUUGUGAGGUUUAUCCUUUCAGAUGUUAUGAGUGUGGCGAGCAAGGUCACGUGAUGAGGAAUUGCCCGAAGAAGGGAGCUCCAGAAAAGACUGCAGGUCGUGUUUACACUUUGGAUUCGAGGAAGGCCAAGGGAAACAACAAUCUCAUUGCGGUUACUCCAUUACCCAAUCCUAUGAUUAUUUCUUUGGCAAUGGAUGUGUCGCACGCUCGCGAAAAAUGA